AUGGAUUACAGAAAGACAGUGCAUGUUCCCCAGCUUAGCAACGAAAUGCAGCUGAAUGUUAUGAACUGGGUGAAAUCAGGCAAAAUGAGUAUCGAUGAAGCUCUGAUUCGGGCUAACAAUGGCAUGUUACACAAGCAGAGGAACUUUGAGCCAGAGGAAAAACAGUCACAGUACAACUUCAGUGUCCGCAAGUUCAACCGCUAUAUAUGGCAGAAACGGGUGCUGCAGAUUGAUUUCAGCACAAGCCUUUUGUGCAGCAUUGAGAAAGGCAUUGUGAAACGGCAGCUCUGUUUUUCUGAGGUGAAAAACUGCCAUGAUGCUCCGGGUACCAGGUUCUCCAUUUCGUUUAGAGAUCGGUCUGACUAUGAGCUGGAAGCUGCGUCCUUAGAGGACAAGCAGCAGAUCAUGCAGCUGGUAAAUCAGAUCAUCUACAGUAACAUAUACAGCCCUCUUGUGAAUGGAUCUGUGGAAAUGGAAUCUUCACCCUUGCCUCCAGCUCCAGACAACCUCAAAGAGGGUCACAUUUUCCUGCAGAGAGGAGGACUGGCAUCAUUCAAAUGGAAGAAAUACGAGGCUCAUCUUCAGACUGGUCAGCUGACCUUGUUCCCAGUCGCUCAGCAGUCUGCCGGCGGUGAUGCAGGCGCGUCUGUUUCCUCUAACGAGUCUGUCUGGAGUCUCUCAGAGAUUUACGCCAGUUUGGAUGAUGUCAGGUGUGCUGGGGGUGACGGGACAGCUCUUGUCAUCCAUCUUUCAGACGGUAAUGUCAGGGUGGAGAUCCCCUGCAACACAGACACCUUCACGCUGCACAACGACAAGAAUGACUUUGUGUUCCGAAUACCAAAAAGUGUGACCCCAGAGGCCAUAACAAAUGAGCGAGAUGCCUGGGUGAAUGCGAUCAAACAGCUAUGUGUGGACUGGAAGCAAAAGUCACAACUUGAACAUUUCUAUGAAGCCCCUGAAAAAGAUCUCACUGAUAUUACAGAGUCAGAAAGUAAGACACAGAACAGCCACAUGCCGCUCACACCUCCACCAGUGCCACCUUCACUGAGACCACGCUUGCCCAGAACAUCCCCGAAUGUUCCUGCAGCUUUUCCAGCAGCACCAGAACCAGAAACUGCUUCCCUGGAAGCAUCAGAAGCAGAACCGAAGCCAACUGUCACUGCACAGAGCAGAGCUGUGCACAAGCCUGACCGGACGCUCUCACCAGCGGCCACGUGCUCAUCACCGGCUCCGUUUGUUUUGCCCCCGCCAUUGCCUGUGCCAUCAGCAGUGCGAGGUCCUGUCCCACCUGCCCCUUUGCCCCCUCCGCUGCCCAUGAAAUCCAAACAGCUUUCAGAGAGGACAAAAGCUUUUCACUGGGACCUGGUGGCUCAGGAUAAGAUGGAGAAGUCGAUGUGGUCUCGCAGGAACCCCAGGAAGAUUGAAAUUGACACCAUGCGCUUGUUUGAGCUGUUCGGAGUGAGAGAGACGGGCCGCAUCGGCACAUCAGAGUCCAUCAGUACUAUGGAAAUCAUGUUGAAUUCAAAGAUCGCUCACAACUUCAGACGUGCAGACUGGGGAAGCGAGUUGAUUAUAAAUGAAGAGGAAGGGGGUCUCUCCGACGAGCAUAUUGCCUCUCUCAGGAGAUACGUGCCCACUCCAGAUGACAUUGAGAUGUAUAAAUCACAUAAAGGAGAGCCGAGUAAGCUGCAUGUGGUGGACCAGUACAUGAUGGAGAUGUGCAACAUCUCGAACCUCAGCGCCCGUCUGGACCUGCUGCUCACGAUGCGAGAGCUGCCCAUCUGUAUGGAGGACCUCACACCGCUGAUUACCCAGAAGAUCCGCAUGUGCCAGCAGCUGUGGACUUGUGACUCGUUUGUCAGAGUGCUGGAGUACCUUCUGGUCUUGGGCAAUUACCUCAACCAGAACGCGGGCAAGGACAGGGCCAAGGGAUUUCGCCUCUCAUCCUUAACUAAGCUUUCUCAGCUGCGCGGGAACAAUCGGAAUUUCACCUUGCUGCAUGCCCUUGUGGAGCAGAUCAUGUUGCGAGAACCACGUUUGGCCACCUUUUUCCUGGAGCUUGCGGAAUUUGAGACUGUUCCUGGAGCUUCGGUUAAAGGUCUGACAGCAGAGGUGGACGUAGUGAAGAAUGAAUUUCAGAAGAUCGUUCAGUACAGGAAAACAUACAGUAAAAGUAAAAAUGAAGUCAAUCAGCACCCCAAAUUCUUCAAAGACUUAAAGGCGGCCAUUGAGAAGCAUGAGGCUGAUCUCAAACAGCUGAUGAAGAGGAGUGAGGAGAUGAGGAAGCUCUACACUGACAUAUUGAUAAAAUUCGGAGAGCCUUUGGAUCAAGACUCCCAAGAAAUUUUCGGAUGGAUUUUCCAGUUUGUGAAUGACUUCAAGAAAGUGUACUCUGAAUACGCUCAAUGA